AGCCCGGGCCUGACCCCGACACCGUUGAAGCCGUCCUCCAGUUUAUGUACACCGGCUCCAUCCGCGUGUGCACCGGCACCGUCCAUGAGGUCUUGGAGCUGGCCGACAGAUUCAAUACAUGCAGUGUCACAAGCAACGAUACCAGAAUUAGGAAAAAGUACUGUCCAUAUCCAGGAACCAGCUCGUGUGGAAAAAAUUAUCUCUGCCCUCUGUGGCGGGGGAGCCUCCAAACUUCAGAUUAUUACAGAUUUUGAUAUGACUUUAACUCGAUUUGCUAAAAACAGCAAGAAAAGGACAACCUGUUACAAUAUUAUUAAUGAGAGCACAUUAAUUAGCGAUGAAUGCAAGAUCAAGCUGAGGGACCUUCUCAACUUUUACUAUCCCAUUGAAAUCGACCCCUCACGCAGCACUGAAGAGAAGCUUCCCUUGAUGAUUGAGUGGUGGACAAAAGUACACGAGCUCCUUGUUGGGGAGAAGAUUGAAAAGAGCAAACUGGCCAAAACCGUGAGGGAAUCGGACAUUGAGCUGAGGGAUGGAUUCAGGGUUUUCUUUGAUGAACUUCACAAACACAACGUUCCUGUCUUGAUAUUUUCGGCUGGCAUAGGUGAUGUUCUGGAGGAAAUCAUUCAGCAGUUUGAUGUCUAUCACCAAAACAUCACAGUGGUGUCAAACUUCAUGGACUUUGAUGAGAAUGGGGUUCUGAAAGGAUUUAAAGGUGAAAUAAUCCAUGUUUACAACAAGCGCGAGGGGGCCCUGCACAACUCCAAACACUUUGAACAGCUGGAAAGCUACAGCAACAUCAUUCUCCUGGGAGACUCGCUGGGGGAUCUCAACAUGGCCGACGGAGUCCAGAAACAGGAGAACAUCCUGAAAAUUGGAUUCCUGAAUGACAAGGUCGAUCAGCUCCUGAACAAAUACCUGGCCUCGUAUGACAUUGUUCUCGUGAAUGAUGAAACAUUGGAUGUAGCGAAUGGAAUCUUGAAAUACAUUCUCAAUCCCAAACAUUUGUUAGAUUGCUGAUAGGACAGUUAGUCUGCAAUUGUCAGAAUCAUCUCUAUGCCCCAACUCUGGGCCAGGUUUCAAGGCUGGCUGCGAGUUUGUUUAAUGUGGUCUGUGACGCACAGAGGAAGCAGGGACUGUACAACUGGACCCACUCUGUUCAUAAUAUUUUAAAAAUUAUGUGGGGACACUGCAGCCCUUUAUGUCAAAAGGUCAAGAGGAGGCAAUGGCCCAGUGGUAUUAUCAUUAUACUGUUAAUCCAGAGACCCAGGUAAUGUCCUGGGAACCUGGGUUGGAAUCCUGCCACAGCAGAUGGUGGAAUUUGAAAUCAAUUUUUAAAAAAAUCUAGAAUGAAGAGUUUGAUGAUGAUCUAUUGCCGAUUGUUGUAAAAACCCAUCUGGUUCACUAAUGCCCUUUAGGAAAGGAAACUGCCAUCCUUGCCUUGUCUGACCUACGUGUGACUUCAGACCCGCAGCAAUGUGGUUGACUCAACUGCUGUCUGGGAAAUUAGGGAUGGAUAAUAAAUGCUGGUCUAGCUAGUGUCACCCACAUCAAAUGAAUGAAUAAAAAUAAUUAACCUAAAGAGAGUCUAUUUUAUUUAGUAUUCUGUUCCUUCGUAGAUAAAUUGUGUUCUUAAAACAUUCACUUGCAUGAUUGAAGAAAUCUUAACUUGCUACCUCCCCUACACUUCUGUCACAGUCAAACAUUUACCAAUUCAGAUUUUAAAUAAAAAUUCCAUUUUAAAAAACA